AGGAGCGGAGUUGUUGUUGUAGAAGAAGGUGGGCGCGCGCGGCAAAGAGGGGCAGCUCCCCCGGGGGGGGAGGGAGCCCGAGCCGAAGGAUGCUGAGGCCUGAGCGACCUGCCCCAGAUUGCUGUGGUUGCCGUUUCCCACGACUUACGGUAUCUCGUGGCUGCUGGGCCACGUCUGGGCAGGAGAGGAGGGAGGGUCACGUGAUAAGCUAUGGGACCUUUCUUCCUUCCUAAAAUGUCAGUUUGCAGCUCAGAUUAUUUUGAGUAUGAGAAAGUGCAAAUGCACCUCUUUCAUGGAACUGAACAACAUCCAUUAGAGUGAAUAGGGAAGGAUAAAAUGGUGUGGAAGCCAUGUGCACUGCCUUCAACUCAUUAGAAGAAAGGUAUAAGCACUUGGAUUUGCUACUCACAUCUGGAACAUGGAAGAAAACAGAGUGAUGGUUUCUUCUCCAUUUGAACUGCGCCUGGUGCACUUGGAUCUCAAGGGAGCCCCACCAAAGGUCUCAUACCUGGCACAGAUCUUCCCAUUGUUCCAUGCCCUGGGUGCAAAUGGCCUUCUCCUUGAAUAUGAGGAUAUGUUCCCCUAUGAUGGGGAACUGAAACCACUUCAAGCAAAUGAUGCAUACAGUUCCUCUGAGAUUAAUGAGAUUUUAAAGCUGGCAAAGUUACAUGAGCUAGAGGUUGUCCCUCUGAUCCAGACCUUUGGACAUAUGGAGUUUGUCCUAAAGCACAAAGAAUUCUGUCACCUACGGGAAGUGGCAAUGUUCCCCAAUACUGUGAAUCCCCAUAAAGAGGAAUCCCUGAAGCUGGUCAGCACAAUGAUAGAGCAAGUUGUAGCACUGCAUGAUGAUCUUCGAUGGUUUCACAUCGGCUGUGAUGAGGUGUAUUAUCUGGGUGAAGGAGAAGAGUCCAAACAGUGGCUGCAGGAAGAAGGAAAUACGAUAGAAAAACUGUGCCUGUCCCACAUGAAAGCCGUGGCCAGCCAUGUAGUCUCAGCCUACCCUACAGUGAAACCUAUUGUGUGGGAUGACAUGCUGAGGGGAAUGAGUGAAAAAACACUGAGAGAGUCUGGGAUAGCACAGCUUACAGAGCUGAUGAUCUGGGACUACUCCCCGGACCUUGAUGUGGAUAGUAAAGCAACUCUCAUAAAAAAGUACCAGAAGUGUGACUUCUCAAAGCUGUGGUUUGCUAGUGCUUUUAAAGGGGCCACAGGAGUCAACCAGUGCCUGACCCUCAUUGGGCACCACCUUAAAAACCAUGAGCAGUGGUUGAAAGUGGCUGAAAGCAGUCCUGCCGGUAUCAUCCAAGGAAUCAUCCUGACCGGUUGGCAAAGGUGGCUAUUCAGAAAAGGUGAAAGAAGAUGUAGAAAAAUCCCUGGGGAUCUCCAGUUUGGAAAUAGACACUUAUAUGAGGUAAUGGCCCCAACUUCUAGAUUGCAACGGCAUUUCUGGCAGCAAUAUCAUGGGGAAUGGGGAAUGUGCAAGCUCUUCACUUUCAGACCCAAUGGGUAUCAGGCCCAAUGGGUUAGGGACAAAGUUCACUCUUGCCCAAUUCUCUUCUUGAACAGUGACAUCUCAGGGACUUUCCCGGGAAGUGAAAUUCUCUCGCUGGUGACCCAAAUUACAUUCUACCUCAAGUCCUCAGUGGAUGAACUUCUGGAAAACAACAGGUACGUCACAGGCUGGUUCAGCCCCUACCACAGAAAGAGGAAGAAGAUUCAUCCUAUAAUGAUUCAUCACUUUCAGCCAGAUGCGCUAAGGCUUUUGACCAAGUGGACUACUGUGACCCAGGAGCUCCAAACAGCAAUGGAAAAGACAUUCUUUAUAUCUGCUGCAGAAGAAUGGAUGGAGGAGAAUGUCCAACCCAGCAUGCAAAGACUUCAGGGAACAAUAGAUGAUCUGGACAGAGCAAUACAGGCAUUAUCCUAGUACUCUUACAGACAGCUUUGCAGAUUUGAAGCCCAGCAUGGUACAGCGAGCAUCAUGCAGCUAGAUUAGCAUGUGUAAGCCGGGGAGAUAAUCUUCAGGUGUUGUGCUAACAGUCUUGGAAUUCAUCUUAAGAAGAAAUUUUGAAGACAUACAGACUGUCUCAGGUCUUUCCCUUUCUUCUGAAAAUGUACCAGCAAUCACACUGUGUGCAUAGAAGUGAGAGCAGGCUCCAAGAUUUCUCAUGGAUUUGUUAAGAUUGAUUCCAGACUUUUACAAUUUAAAAACCUGUGCAUAAGACACUUUAAAUAAAUCAAAAAAAGUUGCACAAUCCAUUUAUUAGUAUGCUUUGAACAUCUCCAAUGGUGUGUUGGGGAAGCCUCAUUAUGCCCCGAAACAAACAGAUUUCUCAAGAAGGAAGAAGGAAUAAGUUGCCCAAAGCAGAUCAGAAGAAAAUGUUCUGAGUUUCUUCAUUUUGGCCCCAA